CAACCACCCAUUGCUCGCCCAUAGCCUGUCCAACACCCGCGAGGGCUCUAUACCAUCAUGCUCUCGCGCUCCGCUAUCUCCAGACAGGCUCAGCGUGCGCUCCGCCGCGCGCAUCAGCAGCCGACUCGGGGCUAUGCCGCGGCGUCCGGUUCUCUCAAUUACCAGACCAGCGACGUCAACGGACUCAAGGUCGCCAGCAGAGACCAGGCCGGUCCCGUAACGACUCUGGCUUUGGUCGCGAAGGCCGGUACCCGAUACGAGUUCGCUCCAGGUCUCGCAGAAGGACUCGAGCGCUAUGCGUUCAGGACCACCGAGAGACGAUCGACCCUGCGGAUACAACGCGAAUCAGAACUUCUCGGCGCCGAGCUCCAGCGAUACCACACCCGCGAGAACAUUGUCGUUGGAGUCAAGUUCCUCCGCGAUGACCUACCAUACUUUGUCGAGCUCCUCGCCGAGGUCGCGACCCGCACGAAAUACCAGCCAUACGUUUUGCACGAGGAGAUCCAUCCGCUCAUGGAGUUGAACAUGAAGAAGCACCUCGGAAACACCCUUGCCCUGGCUACUGACAGCGCUCAUGGCCUUGCCUUCCACCGAGGACUCGGCGCUCCCCUCUCGCCCACUUCGUCCACUCCGUUCAAGAAGUACCUCGAUGCCGACUCCCUCACCGAGUUUGCCGCCUCUGCCUACUCAAAGCCCAACUUCGCCGUUGUAGCCAACGGUGUGGAGGACGGCGCUCUCAGCAAAUGGGUUGGCGAGUUCUUUACCGAUGUGCCUGCUUCGGCCGCUGCUGAGAUCAAGUCCGAGCAGUCCAAGUACUACGGUGGUGAGGAGCGUAUCGCUCACGCUGGUGGCAACUCCGUCGUCCUUGGCUUCUCAGGCUCCAGCACCAUCACCGGCUCAUUCUUCAAGCCAGAAGUCGCUGUUCUCGCUUCGCUGUUGGGAGGUGAAUCAAGCAUCAAGUGGUCGCCAGGUUUCUCUCUCCUCGGAAAAGCAGCGCAAGAAGCACCACUUCUUCACAUCUCCACCAAGUCUGUCAUCUACUCCGACGCCGGCCUUCUCACCAUCAGCCUGAACGGCUCUGCUUCCGACAUUCGAUCGACCGCGCCCAAGGUUGUUGAGGCCCUCAAGGGUGCCUCAAAGAACAUCUCCGAGGAGGACUUCAACAAGGCCAAGGCGCUCGCCAAAUUCCGGGAGCUUGAGAAGGGCUCCGCCACGCAAGCAGGCAUUGAGCUCACUGGUACGGGUCUGAUCCGUGACGGAAAGGCAUACCAGAUUGACCAGGUCGCAUCUGCGAUUGAUGGUGUCACUCUUGAGAAGGUGAAGCAGGCCGCGAAGGAGGCAUUGGAGAACAAGGCCUCCGUAAGCACCGUUGGUGAUCUUUAUGUUCUACCAUACGCAGAGGAAAUGGGAUUGAAGGUGUAAAUAAAGUACGAUAGAGGGUUCUGUUGUGUUCUAGUGCCGCAGAUAUUGAGCUGUACCAGUACAAAGCCUGCACGUUCAGCUGUGUAAAUUUAUUUAACAAG